CUCCCUCUCCCUCUCCCUCUCCCUCUCUGCUCUUUCAUUGUUUUUAUUCUUUUUUCUUUCUCUCUUGCGACUUUUCUCCUUCCCUCAGGAACUUGUUAAGUUUCUGAGUCCAUGAAGAUGCCAGUGGCAUUGGUCUGGCUACUGGCAUUCAUCAUUCUACUGAUCAGAGGAGAAGGCAAUAAUGCCAUCUGCAAGAAGAGUUUCAAGUUAGACCCUAGACCUCACAGCGUUUCCAUCCUCGAGUUUGGAGCGGUUGGAGAUGGAAAGACUCUGAACACGCUUGCUUUCCAAAAUGCGAUUUUUUACCUCAAGUCUUUCGCGGAUAAAGGCGGUGCUCAGCUUUAUGUUCCACCGGGGAAAUGGCUGACGGGGAGCUUCAAUCUCACGAGCCAUCUCACUCUCUUCUUGGAGAAAGGAGCAACAAUUCUUGCAUCACCGGAUCCUUCGCAUUGGGACAUAGUCAGUCCUCUACCGUCCUAUGGUCGUGGAAUUGAACUUCCUGGAAAGCGGUACAGAAGUUUGAUCAAUGGAGACAAUCUACUAGAUGUAAUCAUCACCGGCGAUAACGGGACAUUUGACGGGCAGGGUGCAGCGUGGUGGGAGUGGCUCGAGUCCGGGUCCUUAAACUAUAGCCGACCUCAUAUUAUUGAAUUCGUCUCCUCCAAAAACAUCCUCAUAUCAAAUCUAACCUUCUUAAACGCACCCUCGACCAACAUUCACCCGGUUUAUUGCAGUCAGGUUCAUAUCCGCAAAGUUUUGAUCGAAACAUCGGUUGAUUCUCCUUACGUUCUCGGAGUUUCCCCCGAUUCUUCAGACAAUGUUUGUAUCGAAGAAUCAACGAUCAACGUUGGCCACGACGCGGUCUCACUCAAGAGUGGUUGGGACCAAUACGGGAUAAACUACGGCCGUCCAACCACAGCUGUUCACAUUCGAAAUCUCAGCUUAAAGUCUCCCACGGGCGCGGGAAUCUCCUUCGGCAGCGAGAUGUCAGGGGGUAUUUCGGACAUUACCGUGGAGCGUAUUAACAUACACAGCUCACUCGUAGGCAUAGCCUUCAGAACCACCAGAGGCAGAGGAGGUUACAUCCGUGAUAUCACAAUCUCCAACAUCGAUCUCUCCAGCGUUGACACUGCCAUCUUCGCCAGUGGACACACCGGGUCGCAUCCGGAUGAUAAAUACGACCGGGACGCACUCCCUGUCGUAACACGCAUCACCAUGAGGAAUAUCACCGGUGAGGAUAUAGGAGUGGCCGGAAACCUCACCGGGAUCGGAGAAUCUCCGUUCACGUCGAUAUGCCUAGCGGAUAUACAUUUACAAACUCAUUCAGAUUCUUGGGUUUGCUCCAACGUCUCUGGUUUCUCAGACGACGUAUCACCGGAGCCUUGUUCAGAGCUUAUGAGUUCUCCAUCAUCGUGCUUUGCGGGUGGUAGCAUAUACGGCGGAGAAGCGGCUGCUCAGUCGUGGUGAUUCUAGUGGAAAAAUAAAUGGGUGAUGAAGAAAAGAAAAAAAAGGAGAAGAAGAGAGGGAGGUGGGAGUUUGGUUUACUACGAUACGAUUGGAUUUUGAAAUUUUUUUUGUCAAUAAGUUCAUAAAUUUGUUGUCAGAGCGAGAGGAUAAAAAAGAAAGAAAGAAGAGAAUUACGUUUAUAAGUGGUGGGUGAGUUUCCAAGAACAGAGCGAGCUUCAAUUUGUUAUUUUGUACAGUUUCCAUUUCUUUCAUUCAUGGUGUAACAAUAUUCAUCUUCUUUGUUUCUAUUAAGCAAAAAAAAAAGAUCAUUUGUGAA